CCACGACCACUCUUCCACCGCCAAAGAAUCAUCUCGCUCGUUCGUCAAAAACAUACUCUUAUAUCUUCAUCGGAAAUUAUUCAGUCAUCGUCAAAAAUGAAGUACGCCGUAAGACUGCUCAAUGAGGCUUCCGAGUCAAUCCCCCGGAUUAAGCCUAGAACGUACUCAGUAUCUCAGUUUCAUCGGAUGCACGAGCAUGUCAGGCCAAGAUAUCUUCUACUUAAUAACAUACCGCGAACUGCUCUUCCAAGUGAUAUCUUGAGAGCUUUGAGAGAUGGGGGCGCUGUGGACUCUUCUUUCCCUGUCACUGCCAUCACUUCUCCUGCGCCUUCUCUCCCCAGAACGCCAUCACUGACACGAACAUGGCAUCUCACCACUCCUUCUCAGGCCCACGCCGAGGCUAUCUAUUCACACCUUCAGACACAUCCUCUCUUCUCCACUUCCACGGGGCUGCCCUCCGGCCGCCAGUCUAAUCAAAAUCCCAAUGUGAACCCGAACCUUACGCCCGUCUCUCAUGUACAAUUUACUUCCACAACGCCGAAGGAAUGGAUAAAUGGCAUGAUCGAGGUUGCCAAGCACGAUUCCGAUGUGAGGGCUGUGGAGAGAGGUAAAGCUGUAGACCCAGGUUUCACCACGGAUUGGGUGCUUAAGCCUGGAUUUAGUGGGAGAAGGGUUAUCGUCAAAGGAUUACCAGGAGGAGCAAGCUAUGAUGAUGUGAAGCGACUGGCGAAAGAUUGCAACCUAGUGGAAGGACCCGACUCUUGCAAAAGACUGCCGCCAUCCAAGUUCAGUCUCGUCUCCAGUUUUUGCCUCACCGUUGACUCAGUUGCCGACGCGUAUCGCUUGGUCCGAAAAAUUCACAUGAAGUGGUACAAGUCUAAGAAUUUCGGUGAAAAGUACCUCAUGCGUGCCGAAGUUGCUUAUUAGAAGUUUGACAGCCAUAGCAUGUAGCAUUACUUGCAUUGUGAUACACCUUUGAGAUGCAAUGGGAGGAGUACAACAUAUACAUAGAUCUUUUACGUAUCUUCAUUUUUCAGUCUUUGUACUGAUUUAUAUGUCAUCAAGUUUUGCUC